UGCCCAAUUGAAUUUCGAACAAAGAUGCCAUUUAUAGCGUGAAUGUCGUGCAAAAUCGUAGUAUUUUUUAUUGUUUUUAUUGCAAAAAAAACAGAAAUAGAUAACGUGCCAUAUAUAUUCGUAAAUUGGAAUUAAAAACACGAAUUUUAAGACAUUUGCCGUGAAAAUUGGUGCCCGUUUUCGGAAAAGCCGCUCUCCUGAACAUUUACCUAAAAAAUAUAUUAGCGAUAUAAAAGGGAUGGCAGCUUGUCAUCAUAUGAAUAAUAACGUAGUAGGAGGUGUUAAUGCCUGUUAAGAUAUUUGAUAUUAAUUGACAGAAGAUUUUUACAACUGACAAAAUCUUAUUUUACGAUGGCUUCCAAUGUGGAAAAUUUUAUGGAUAUGUCGUUAGAUGAAUAUAUCGCAACAAGGAAAAAUAGUUUACACAGUGAUAAAAAAAGCACACGAGCAGGUAUCAACACUUCGAAUAACUUUGAAGCUGAAAGUCGAAAUUCUAAAAUAAGCAAUGAUGCUAACGAUUAUGGUGAGGUUAUGAGUAAGAAUUUCCAAUCGGUAACUGAUGAAAAGGCUCCUGUGAGUUCUAGUGGUAAAUUAAAUAAGACAUUUGGCAUUUGGCGAGGUCCAAGUUGCGAAACCAAUUAUAUUGAUCUGGAUUAUAUGAAGGAUGAAUUUGAUGAGAUGUUCAAUGAUCCAGAAUUACAGUUAUCGAGUGUAGUAAACAAGAAAGUUCAGAAAAUAAAGAAUCCCAAUGAUUUACGCGAACUACUUCAAAACAGUAAAAUAAUUGACCGCAGUACUAUUAAAGGGGAUGAACAAUGUUAUCAUACUGAUAAUGAAAGAAACGGUAUACAAAAAACCAUCCAGUCUAAUUCCACCACGGAAAUACGACAAAGUGCAAUGUCGUUUUUAGGAGGCAGUGGACAAUUUCGUCGGCGAUGGUAUAAAAAUCAGAAUGCCGGCAGGCGCAAUAAAGAUGGAUGCGGCAAUCGAAGAAACAAUUAUAUGAAUAAUGAAAGUCAAAAUAAGAUUUGGAGUAAGAAUCGUAAUGGAGGAAGUGGUAGUGGAGUGUAUAAUGGAAAUAUUUUACCUAUUAAUCAUAAUGGACGUAUUCAUCGUUUUAAUCAACGAAACAAUGAAGAUAAUUUGAAUAAAAGAAUCAAAAAUGUACUGGAGCAAAUCAACAGUAACAAUUCAGUUUACCUCAAUAAACAGGCCGGCCCUGUUCGUGAUCUGACAAUUGAAUGUCCAAGUAUUACCGGACGGUUAACAACAGGAGUAGUACAAACCACUCCGCCACAAGUUUUGAAACCACCUGUAAACCAAGCACAAAUUGAUAUAAAAGCUUUGUUAGGCGUCAAUGACAAUAAUUUGAAAGCUGAUACCAUGGCAAUGUGGGCUGGGAAAUUGUUGGAGUUAUUUCAGUCCGGCCAACAACAGAUAGCUCACAAACCGAUAUACGAUAUGCAAAUUCAAAAAGAAAUUCACGAGUUACAGGGUAAAUCCUUGCUUUAUAAAUGUCCCAGUGGUGAGGUCGUAAGCUCCGACGGUUCAGGAAUUGAUAAUUGCAAAGUUACACCAAAUUCAAGUGGAGUAACACUUAACUAUAGGUUUGGCUAAACAUAUAGUUAGAAGAAACUUAACAUCUAUCUAUUGAAAAAAUUGGCCACAUUUACAUUUUUAUACUGAAAUGAGGUUUUUAUAAGUUUUCUAUUUUCUGCUUUUGUUAUGGAUUUUUAUUUUAUUUUUUAAAUGGAUUAUAAAAUUAAAGUUGAAUUUCAUAGAUGUAUUUGUGAAAAAAUCAA